GCACAACGAAAACGUUGGGGAUACAAUGGAAUGCGAUAUCUGACCAGUUUUCAUACACUAAUGAGUCAAUAUCCGCACUAUCAGCUAUAACAAAGGGGCAAAUUUUAUCCUCGGUGGCAAAACUUUUCGACCCCGCAGGAUGGCUUUCGCCAAUUAUGAUACAAGCAAAGAUUCUAAUACAAGAAUUGUGGCUAGACGGAACUGACUGGGAUGAACAAGUGAAACCACUUCGUUUAGAAAAGUGGUCCCAGUUCGCGGGUAAUCUGAAUGAUAUCUCACAGAUACAAAUCCCACGAUGGAUAAAUUAUGCCCCAGAGCACAAAGUCGAACUACAUGGCUUCUGUGAUGUCUCUGAAAAGGCAUAUUGUGCCACCAUCUAUGUGCGCACACAAUCUGACACAGCGACCACAAGUCACCUACUGGUAGCCAAAGCAAAGGUGGCUCCGCUAAAAACAAUAAGUCUGCCACGACUGGAACUAUGUGGUGCGCUACUACUAGCCAAACUAGUAUCCAUGGUGCAAACGCAUCUAAAUAUGACCAAAUAUAAAUUGUAUCUCUGGUCUGAUUCCGAAAUUGUAUUAGCCUGGUUAGAAAAACCUCCACAUGCAUGGAAGACGUAUAUUUCCAAUCGAACGUCUCAAAUCCUUGACCUAGUGGGAUCAGCCACUUGGCGACACGUGGCCAGUGCUGACAAUCCUGCCGACCUAGGUACAAGGUGGUGUAAGCCUCUGCACCUUGCAACCACCACUCUUUGGUGGAAUGGCCCUCGGUGGUUAAUAGAAUCCCCCGAUUCUUGGCCACGAUCGCCCAUACGCAAUAUAAUUGCCCCCGAAAGUCGAAAAAUCGACUCCUUUCACACGACAUUGGAUGAUACUGACAUCCUUGAGCGAUUUUCAUCAUACUCUCGAGCCCUCAGGUUUCUUACAGAGAUCAGGAUGGACGUGGACAUGCCUACAAUCCCAACACCAGCUGUUCGGUCGGCAACCAACGGGGCACGUACUGGGCCUACUCCUCCACUUCGCCCAACCAAUGCGACUGUAUCGACUGCCGCUUCUGGUAGUGGCUCACGAGCAGCCCCAUCAACGCCAUCCGCUCAAGUCGAGCCGCGUCGCAUCCGAUGUCCGCUAUGUCGCCGGAAACAUCGACUACAACAUUGUGGGCUCUUUAAGGAGCUAACGCCGACAUAA